CUGCCUGUUCUUACGCGGCCGAGCUAGGGGAAGGACAGUGGCGGGGUGGGCCUACAGCUCCCGGCACGCCGCGGGGCCGGAACUGCCGCUGCUGGCGUGCCCUGACUAGCGGCGUUGCGGGUACUGGUCCCGGCUGUGCCAGCUCCCAUGGCGGCGGUGCCGCCGCCGGUCUACGUAUACAGCCCGGAGUACGUGACCCUCUGCGACUCCGUCUGCAAAGUGCCCAAGCGGGCCAGCAUGGUGCAUUCACUGAUUGAAGCGUAUUGCUUGCUUGACCAGAUGAAGAUAGUCAAGCCUAAAGUGGCCUCCAUGGAGGAAAUGGCGAGUUUCCACACAGAUGCUUACCUGCAGCACCUGCAGAAGGUCAGUGAGGAGGGGGAUGAUGACCACCCGGAGUCUGUGGAGUAUGGACUGGGUUACGACUGUCCAGCCACUGAAGGGAUCUUUGAGUAUGCAGCAGCUGUGGGAGGAGCCACCAUCACUGCAGCUCAGUGCCUGCUGGAUGGCAAGUGCAAAGUAGCAAUUAACUGGCCUGGAGGGUGGCAUCAUGCAAAGAAACAUUGUUUUCACAGGGAUGAAGCUUCUGGUUUCUGUUAUGUGAAUGACGCUGUCUUGGGGAUCCUGCGACUGCGCCAGAAAUUUGACCGUGUCCUUUAUAUCGAUUUGGAUUUACAUCAUGGGGAUGGAGUCGAGGAUGCCUUUAGUUUCACCUCAAAAGUCUUGACUGUUUCUCUGCACAAAUUUUCACCAGGAUUUUUCCCAGGCACUGGUGAUGUGACAGAUGUUGGCCUGGGAAAAGGUCGCUAUUACAGCGUGAAUGUGCCCAUUCAAGAUGGCAUUCAGGAUGAAAAAUAUUACCAGAUCUGUGAAUCAGUGCUGAAGGAGGCGUAUGCUGCCUUCAACCCUGAGGCAGUUGUGCUGCAGCUGGGGGCGGACACCAUUGCUGGAGACCCCAUGUGCUCUUUCAACAUGACACCUGAGGGAGUGGGGAAGUGCCUCAAGUAUGUCCUGCAGUGGCAGCUAGCAACUCUUGUCCUGGGAGGAGGAGGUUACAACCUUGCCAACACUGCUCGCUGCUGGACGUACUUGACUGGGGUCAUCCUUGGGAGAACACUGAACUCAGAGAUCCCUGAUCAUGAGUUCUUCACAGAGUAUGGUCCUGAUUACGUGCUGGAGAUCACACCAAGCUGCAGACCAGACCGCAAUGAGCCACAGAGAAUUCAAGAAAUUCUGAACUCUAUCAAAGGAAAUCUGAAGCACGUUGUGUAGCAGAAAAGGAAGGCUUAGGCAAGAGCAUUUCCUGUGGGGAAGACAGCAUAUUUAUGUGAACAACUGGUGAAAUUUGUGGCUGCAGGGAAACUUUCGAAGAAAGUACUGUUGGUUGUUUUUUUUUUUUCUCUUUAAAGAAGGAAAGCUACCGCAUGCCACAAGCACUGUGGCUCCCCCAGGCAGGAGUGUGGGCCCUCCAGCCACAGCCUUCCAGUGCUGGCAGAGCCUCCCUUGCUCCUUUCCCCUUCCUAUUUUAACACCACAGUUUGUUCUCACAACUGCUUUUAAAUGUAUUUUAAGAGAGGAGCAGCUCAGAGCUGUGAGCCUUCUCCAGCUGGAGCCCCAUGCUGUGUUAGCUACCCAGCAGGGCCACAGCCUCAGAGCUGCCCACUCGGGAAGUAGAGCCUGUGGGCUACCCUGGUUGUGUCCCUUACCCACAGAAAGGCACAGCCAUUGUGUUUUUAACUGGGAAUUUUUAAAAAAUAAAAUAUUUGAAGUAC